GCCCUUUAAAAUGAAAAGUGAGCGCGGUCGUCUUCAGGUCAUCCUCUACUCACCUGAAUAGAAAGUUAAAUUAUGUGGACGUACAUCUCCGCCAUGGCCUCCUUGCCUUUAAGAUCAACACUCAAGACAAAGAUCCUGUUUAAAGCUGGCAGUAGGUGCUACUCCUCCUCUAAGCCCACCAUCAAGCUGUUCAUCGAUGGGAAGUUUGUUGAAUCCAACGCAUCAGAAUGGAUUGAUAUUCACAAUCCUGCGACCAAUGAGGUGAUUGCCCGUGUACCAAAAAGCACGCAGCAGGAGAUGUCUGCUGCCGUCGACUCCUGCGCCAGGGCCUUCCGCUCCUGGUCCGAGACCUCCAUCUUGGCUCGGCAGCAGGUUUUUCUACGCUAUCAGCAACUCAUCAAGGACAACAUUAAAGAACUUGCCAAGUGCAUCACAGUGGAACAAGGCAAGACCCUCGGAGAUGCAGAGGGGGAUGUGUUCAGAGGAUUGCAGGUCGUGGAACACGCCUGCAGCAUCACCUCCCUGAUGCUUGGCGAAACUCUGCCCUCCAUCACUAAGGACAUGGACACGUACACGUACCGCCUGCCCCUCGGCGUAUGUGCCGGCAUCGCCCCGUUUAACUUCCCCGCCAUGAUCCCGCUUUGGAUGUUUCCCAUGGGAAUGGUGUGCGGCAACACGUACCUCCUGAAACCUUCGGAGAGGGUGCCAACGUGCGCCGUGCUGCUGGCCAAGCUGCUGCAGGAUGCUGGAGCUCCCGACGGGACCCUCAACAUCAUCCAUGGGCAACAUGACGCUGUGAACUUUAUUUGUGACCAUCCGACCAUCAAGGCUAUCAGCUUCGUUGGCUCCAAUCAGGCGGGCGAGUACAUUUAUGAGAGGGGCUCCAAAAAUGGCAAACGAGUGCAGUCCAACAUGGGAGCCAAGAACCACGGUGUGGUGAUGCCUGAUGCCAACAAGGAGAACACUCUGAACCAGCUGGUGGGGGCUGCGUUUGGGGCUGCCGGUCAGCGCUGCAUGGCUCUGUCCACGGCCAUCCUGGUGGGCGAGGCUCGCGGCUGGCUGCCCGAGCUUGUGGAGCGCACUAAGGCUCUGCGCGUGAAUGCAGGCGAUCAACCCGGUGCGGAUGUGGGGCCCCUGAUCUCUCCACAGGCCAAGCAGCGAGUGUGCAGUCUGAUCCAGAGUGCCGAGGACGAGGGCGCCAAGGUGCUCCUGGACGGUCGACGCGUUAAAGUAACGGGUUACGAAAAUGGCAACUUUGUGGGUCCGACCAUCAUUGGCAAUGUCACACCUCAGAUGAGGUGCUACACAGAGGAGAUUUUCGGACCCGUGCUGGUUGUCCUUGAGGCCGACACUCUCGAUGACGCCAUCCAUCUGGUCAACGGCAAUCCGUAUGGCAACGGUACCGCCAUUUUCACUACAAAUGGCGCCACGGCUCGCAAAUACACUCACGAGGUGGACGUGGGCCAGGUCGGAGUCAAUGUUCCCAUCCCCGUGCCUUUGCCCAUGUUCUCCUUCACAGGAUCAAGAGGAUCUUUCAGAGGGGACAUGAACUUCUAUGGAAAACAAGGCAUCCAAUUCUACACACAGAUCAAAACCAUCACUUCCCAAUGGAAAGCUGAGGAUGCGACACUCAAGGGUCCUGCUGUUACCAUGCCAACAAUGGGACGCUAAGUAACCCAUAAUGACUACCGGACCUGGAAACGUCUCCGAAAAAUGACGACUGCUCAGCGACUUAAUGGUACUUAAUAAACAGUAGACUUUAUCGUAAUUCUGAUAGCAUUCAGGCAAUCUAUAAAUGUAUCACCACACUCCAGUCAAAAUGUCAACUGCCCACCUACCUGCUGACAGAACUUCAACAAAAGUGUCGGGACACUAGCUCAUUACCCCUCAAAGGAACUAAAAAUAUGGAAAAAUGAUCCCCAUGAUUUCACCAUUCGCAAGUAGGUGACUCGCAGAACCGGAACUGUUUUGGGAAGAGUAGCUAGCAUUGGUCACUGGCCAGUUUCACAGUGACAAGCAGCAUGACAUGGAGGGAAGAUUCCAGUCGAGUUCCAGCAUGCAGGGUGAGGUUCCAUGAAGCGUCGAUGAAGAAGAAAGCAAGGAGGUAAACUUUUAAAGGUAAUGCAAAGGAUGGCCCGCAAUU